AUGAUGUCCAACGAUAGAAAAAACGAUAGUGACUUUCGAUAUGGCCUGACUUCCCUAAGCCUUAAAAACGAAGAUCCAACUCACCAAAGUUUUGAUCCGAAAGUUCGAAGGACUGAACCUGUUUUUCAAAUGAGCGAAGCAGACUGGUCACAGUACAACAGUGCUCCAAAUAGCAAGAAAAAGGAUGCUAGUCUAACUAUUUUCUUUGGGCAAGGUUUUCCGACAAGUUCAGAGGCUCGGAGAGGCAUGGAAGGUGCUGAAAAUCAUCAGCGAUACAGAGAAGCUAGUGAUUCAGAGUGGGACUCUUAUCAGCUUUCGAAGGAAGCUACUGAAGAAUCCGUUCAUAGAGAGCACUCCAGGGUGCAAAGCGACUUGCAUAGUAGAGGUCGAACACAGUCUCCACAGGUUAGUUCUCAGUUCUCAUUGCUCAAGGCCCUUGUUCAUACCAAACAAAUAGUAAAAUUAUACUAA